AAAAGGGCAUGAAAACAUCUCUUUCUGGGUUGGAGACUUGGAGAGAGGGAGGGAGAGAGCAGGAGAAGAAACCCAGCCCUAGGAGAUAGAAAAGAAGUCUUUGAAUUCAAAGAUCUAAGCUUUAUAACAUUCUCAUAUAAGUAUACUAAGAAUCCUCUGUGUUGGGGGAAUGGCAAACUCGAAAGGGCCAUCGAGCUUCAGAAGUAUGAUGCACAAUGGCAAGCAUUCUUUACUUCCCCCUAAAAGCCCAUUCCCUAGUAUUCCCCCAGUAUAUGUUGAUCAUUUCCCUUGUCCUGCCACUGGAGCUAAACGUAUGACAAAGCCUAGAGAUGUGAGCUCAAACCACCAGCGCACUUCUUCUGAAAGCGUUCUGAUAGAGGAUCAACCUUCUUGGUUGGACGAGCUUCUUAGUGAGCCUGAAACGCCUGUUGCCAGAGGUCACCGGCGUUCAUCUAGUGACUCUUUUGCAUACGUGGAUGCAAUUAAUGCUGCUAACAUGGACCAUGUAGCUCAUGAUGAGUAUAGGUCAAGAAACAUGUCCUCUAUUCAUUCAUGGAAAUCACAAGACCUGAAUCAUCACAUUACCUCUCUUCAUGCAGAGGCAAACUCUUUUGGCAAACAUAAUAAUAGGGCAUGGAAUUCUCCUUCAAAUGUGAUGGCACAUGCCGCACAUCCAAGUGGACUUCUUUCUGCUAAGGACAAUUUUGUUCCUCGUCACUCAGUACCAUCAGGUGCUUCUGAUGAAGCUGAUUGGUUUCCAAAUAAAGCCAUUGAAAAGUUGGAUUCAGCUGAAUCUGGCCUGAAUGAUGCUAAAGCUUUGUCAGAGAGAAAGGAUUCAUCUUAUGCUAAAACAUCUGCACCUGAAACUGACACAAAGCGUGCAAAACAACAAUUUGCUCAACGUUCUCGGGUACGAAAGUUGCAAUACAUUGCUGAACUGGAAAGGAAUGUACAGGCAUUGCAGAUACAGGCAGAAGGCUCUGAAGUAUCAGCUGAACUUGAAUUUCUUAAUCAACAAAAUCUGAUUCUGAGUAUGGAGAACAAAGCUCUGAAGCAGCGGUUAGAAAAUCUGACUCAGGAGCAGCUUAUUAAGUACUUGGAACAUGAGGUACUGGAGAGGGAGAUUGGAAGGCUGCGAAUGUUGUAUCAACAGCAGCAGCAACCUCCACAACAGCCACCAUCUUUCGGCCAUCGGCGUGCUAAAAGUCGGGAACUUGAUUCUCAGUUUGCGACCCUUUCCUUGAAACCCAAGGUUUCAAGUUCUGGCACUGACACUAUAUCUGGUCCAUUACACAGCUAAGUAUUAUAUACAUAGCUGGUGGAUAAUGCUUUGCUCAACAACUUAUAUUGCUUAUGAUGCCAACUACCAAACGUCUAAGCAUUUCCGGUGCUGGCUUGAGAAGAUCUCUUUAUUUGUGCUGAUGUCUUUACCUUUUUUCUUGGUCUACACACUUGUGUUCCAAUCAUCCUAUUUUAUGGGGGUCAUAAUCUUUGUUGAUUUAGUAGCUCAUAUGCACCUGGUGGUCCUGUCAGAAAUUGCGGUCAAGGCAGAGAGUCACCGGAGGUGAAUCCAUGGUAGCAUGUCACUUUAAGAUCGCCCAAUUCAUUAAAUUACUGUUAGUUUCUUGGCCUAUUUUUCAAGUAACUUGUAGGGUCCUCAAAAGUUGCAUGCCCUACGUAUAAAUUUAAUCUUUUGUACUCUUAAAAUUUGCAAGUUACUCUAGAUUUUUCUUUGGGCUUUCA